CUCCCUAAAAACGUUGCGCUUGAAAAUCAAAGCAAAAAAAAAAGAAAAAAAAAUUUUAAAAAAAAAAAAAAUCGAAAACGAGAAGAAGAAAAAUCGUUGAAGGUGAAAAUGGGAGCGGUGAAGAACAUCUGGAACGGGAGGGAAGUAGCUGAAGCUCCAGAUUGCUCUCAGAUCCAAAUCCCCACUUCUUCUCUCUCCGUCGACCCUUCCCUCCCUCUCCCCCAAAUCACGCCGCUCAUAACAGAGUUGUGCAAGGAUCUUUUUGAGAAAUGGUCAAAUUUGGACGAUUCUCGCUUCUCGGUCGAGACGGUUUCCGGCGGCAUCACGAAUCUGUUACUGAAGGCUACCGUGAAGGAGGAAGAUGGAAAUGACGUGUCUGUAACAGUCAGAUUGUAUGGCCCUAACACCGAUUACGUUAUCAAUCGCGAAAGAGAAUUGCAGGCGAUCAAGUACCUCUCGGCUGCAGGGUUUGGUGCAAAUUUGCUUGCAGUUUUUGGAAAUGGAAUGGUGCAGUCGUUUAUAAAUGCACGUACACUUGUCUCAUUAGACAUGAGAAAUCCAAAGCUGGCCGCCGAAAUUGCCAGGGAACUACGCAGAUUCCAUCAGGUGGAAAUUCCAGGUUCUAAGGAACCUCAGCUGUGGAUUGACAUGUUCAAGUUCUACGAGAAAGCCUCUUCUCUUGAAUUUGAUGACAGCGAGAAGCAGAAAAUCUACAAAACUAUUUCAUUUAGUGAAGUUUACAAUGAAAUCGUUGAGCUCAAGGAAUUGACUAGCCAUUUUAAUGCUCCAGUGGUUUUUUCUCACAAUGACUUGCUUUCUGGAAAUAUAAUGGUUAAUGACGAAGAAGAGAAACUCUACUUCAUUGAUUUCGAGUAUGGAUCAUACAAUUACAGAGGCUUUGACAUUGGGAAUCACUUUAAUGAAUAUGCAGGCUAUGAAUGUGACUACAGCUUAUACCCAACCAAGGAUGAACAAUACCAUUUCUUCAGGCAUUAUUUGGGAACUGACAAACCACAGGAGGUAUCAGACAAAGAUCUGGAAGCUCUCUAUGUUGAGGCAAAUACAUAUAUGUUAGCUUCGCACUUGUACUGGGCUUUAUGGGGAAUAGUCCAGGCGAAGUUUUCUCCAAUUAAGUUUGAUUAUCUCGGUUACUUCUUCCUGCGAUACAACGAAUACAAAAAGCAGAAGGAAAAGUGCUUAUCGUUGGCAAGAUCAUUCCUGUCACGAUCUGAGGCAGGGUAAACACGCAUCCGCAUAAGCACCUGCCUGUAUGUUAUGAAUCUGUAGGGAGUGCUAUUCUUUUUACUCUGUUGUUAUCAUUAGGUCUGUUGUAAACUAUUCUUUUGUAGCGAUGAAAAUGAGAAAAGACAUGAGCAAAUAACUUGCAUUAGGGGCUGACCGAAUCAUAAUGCAAAGAACCUGUGUAUUUGAUCUAUGUAAUAUUUCUGUGCUCUCAUUCAUGUCAA